AUGUUCCCUCCUAGGAUAAUGGAUAAUUUUUCAUAUAGAAGAUAUGAAACCAAUGUAACUCAUCGAUACCCAACUAAUACACUAUUACCUUCAACAAGAUCAUUAAGACGCAAGGCAUUCAUGACAUUUUUCUCCCUUUCAUUAUUAUUUUUCCUUCUUUAUCUAAAACUUUCUAAUGUUGAUCAAGAACAUAACCAUCAGAUUGAUGAAAGUUUUCAACAAAAGAAGACAAAUAAUAUAACAAUUUAUGAUUUCUAUAAAAAACCUGAUUUAACUACUACCAUUUCAACGAACCAAAAAGAAUUUUAUAAAAGAAUUAAUUUGAGACCAACUUCACCUUAUUCAAUCCCCAAAGAAAAUUUCUCAUUAUGGAUUAAUGAACAAAGUCAAUUAUCAUUCGAAAGAAUAUUAUUGAAUAUUGCGGAUGAAAAUCAUAACGAUUUAAUGUCUAAAUUUAAUGUAACUGAAGGCGUAAUAAUUGCAUCUCCAUCUAAAUCAAAACCUGAUUAUUUUUAUCAAUGGAUUAGAGAUGGUUCAAUUUGUAUGAAUUCCUUAUCUUCAAAUCUAUUAAUAAUGUCAUCACAUGACGUUCAUCAAAAAGAGAAAGUAGGAAUAAACAAAACGUUAUCAACAACAAUAUUGAAAUAUCUAAAUAAUUCCUAUAAUUUACAAAGAUUAGAUAAUCCCUCAGGUAAGAGUAUUACUAUUAAUAAAGAUUCAUUGACAGGAUUAGGUGAGCCAAAAUGGUAUGCAAAUAAUACAGCAUUUAAUCUUCAUUGGGGUAGACCACAAAAUGAUGGACCUGCAUUGAGAACAAUAACAGUCUUAAACCUUUUAAAUCAUUUAGCAUCAAAUAAUUUGAAAUUUGAAGAUUUAAUCAAAGUAUCAUUUUCAUCAUCAUCAGAUAAUAGCAAUAAUAAUAACAAUAACAAUAAUAAUAACAAUAAUAAUAAUAAAUUACCCUUCGUUAAUGAUUUAGAGGUUUUCCAAAAAAUAGUCUUUUGGGAUUUAAAAUUUAUUUGCUUACAUUGGAAUGAUGAAACUUAUGACCUUUGGGAAGAAAUUUAUGGUAAACAUUUCUUUACAACAAUUGUUCAAUUAUCGGCAGUGAAAAAGGGACUAGAAUUCAUUAGAAAACAAAAUAAUAUGGAUGAAUAUUCCCAAUUUGAAGAUUUAUUACAAGAAACUUAUGAUAAAAUGUUAAAUUUUAUCCUGUCACAAGAUUACUUUAUAAAUUCAAAUAAAAAUCAUAUAGUGGAAAGUCCCAAUUUUUUAGAUUCAAGAUCAGGAUUAGAUAUUGCUGUCAUAUUAGGUUCAUUGUAUUCUCAUCAUAACUCUUUGAAUGAUCCUGAAGAUAAUCCAAUUUCAAUGUCUUCAUUACCAUUUGAUAUUGAUGAUUCUGGUAUUUUAAAUACAUUAUUUGGAUUAGUCAGAUCAAUGUCUAUGAUUUAUCCAAUUAAUCAUCAAAGAGUAAAUUUGAAAAUAGGUGUUGCCCUGGGGAGAUACCCUGAAGAUGUUUAUGAUGGUGUUGGAUUUUCUGAAGGUAAUCCAUGGUUCUUAGCUACAUCAGGUGCAGCUGAAUUAUUGUAUAAAUUAAUUUGGAAAAAUUAUAAAUUUGAAAAAGAUUUAAUGAUACCAUUAAAUAGUUGGGAUUCUCAAUUUUGGACAUUAAUAUUCGAUGGAUUUAAUGAUAUUGAACACGAUGGUAAAACUUAUCAAUUAGUUAUUCCAUAUAAAUCUCCAGCAUUUGAACAAACAAUGACUUUACUAUUUGAUUUGGCAGAAUCAUUCUUAGAUAAAUUAAGAGAACAUGUUAGUGAUCAUGGUGAUAUGAGUGAACAAUUCAAUAAAUUUUCAGGUUAUUUACAAGGAGCUGAUCAUUUAACUUGGUCAUAUAGUUCAUUUUGGAAUUGUUAUCAAAUAAGGUUAAAAGCAAUGAAAUUUUUAAAUUAUAUAUAG